CGCCUGCUCCGCGCCGCGCCCGCGCUCCCAGGCCCCGGACGUUUCCUAGAGUAGGAGCGAACAGGAGUGUGUUCUCCAGCCGUCUGCCUGGUCCGUGUUUGAGUGGAUGGAAGAGGUGCUGCUGUGCGUGUUGAAACUCAUCCGCACGUGUCCUUACCGCCAGCCCUGCACUGAGAGGUUUAAAAGUUCUCUUAAAUGUUUUCUUGGAGUCUUAAAAAUGGAGAUGACAGAAAUGAGUGGUGUGUCACUGAAACGUGGGUCCCUUGCUGUCGAAGAUAAUGACAGUGUGGCCCCAGCUGAGGAGGCAAAAAGACAGAAGGUGUCGGAAUGCUGUCUCACCACAAGUCAAGACGGGCUAGGGAAUGACUCUCCACCCAGCAGUGAAAAUGUGCCUGGGCCACCUGAAGCUGUAAAUGCGAGAGAGGGGAAAAAGAAUUCUGAUGCUCAGUUGGAAGAAGAGGAAGAGGAGGAGGAAGAUGGCCUUUCAGAGGACGGUGAUGAGGAGGAAGAAGCUGAGAGUUUUGCGGACAUGAUGAAGCAUGGACUCACCGAACUCGAUGUAGGCAUCACCAAGUUUGUAAGUUCUCAUCAAGGAUUCUCGGGAAUCUUAAAAGAAAGAUACUCCGACUUCGUUGUUCAUGAAAUAGGAAAAGAUGGACGUAUCAGCCAUUUGGAUGACUUGUCUGUCCCAGUGGAUGAGGAGGAUCCUUCGGAAGAUGUAUUUACGGUUUUGACAGCCGAAGAAAAGCAGCGUUUAGAAGAGCUCCAGCUUUUUAAAAAUAAGGAAACCAGUGUUGCCAUCGAGGUUAUCGAGGACACCAAAGAGAAAAGAACCAUCAUCCAUCAAGCGAUUAAAUCUCUGUUUCCAGGAUUAGAGACAAAAACAGAAGAUAGAGAGGGGAAGAAAUAUAUUGUAGCCUACCAUGCAGCUGGGAAAAAGGCUCUGGCAAAUCCAAGAAAACAUUCUUGGCCAAAAUCUAGGGGAAGUUACUGCCACUUUGUACUGUACAAGGAAAACAAAGACACCAUGGAUGCUAUUAAUGUACUGUCCAAAUAUUUAAGAGUCAAGCCAAACAUAUUCUCCUACAUGGGAACCAAAGAUAAAAGGGCCAUAACCGUCCAGGAGAUUGCUGUUCUCAGAAUAAGUGCGCAAAGACUUGCCCACUUGAACAAGUGCUUGAUGAACUUUAAGCUGGGGAAUUUCAGCUAUCAGAAAACCCCCCUGAAGUUGGGAGAGCUUCAGGGGAAUCAGUUCACUGUCGUUCUCAGAAACAUAACAGGAACUGAUGACCAAGUACAACAAGCCAUGAACUCUCUCAGGGAGAUUGGAUUUAUUAACUACUAUGGAAUGCAAAGGUUUGGAACCACAGCUGUGCCCACGUAUCAAGUUGGAAGAGCUAUACUACAAAAUUCCUGGGCUGAAGUCAUGGAUUUAAUAUUGAAACCCCGUUCCGGAGCCGAAAAGGGGUACUUGGUUAAAUGCAGGGAAGAGUGGGCGAAGACCAAAGACCCGGCCGCUGCCCUCAGAAAACUACCUGUCAAAAGGUGUGUGGAAGGGCAGCUGCUUCGAGGACUUUCCAAAUAUGGAAUGAAGAAUAUAGUCUCUGCAUUUGGCAUAAUACCAAGAAAUAAUCGCUUAAUGUAUAUUCAUAGCUAUCAGAGCUAUGUGUGGAAUAACAUGGUGAGCAAGCGAAUAGAAGAGUAUGGACUGAAACCUGUUCCAGGGGACCUGGUUCUCAAAGGAGCCACAGCCACUUAUAUUGAGGAAGAAGAUGUUGAUAAUUACUCCAUCCAUGAUGUGGUAAUGCCCUUGCCUGGUUUCGACAUUAUCUACCCAAAGCAUAAAAUUAGUGAAGCCUACAGGGAAAUGCUCACCGCAGACAAUCUUGACAUUGACAACAUGAGACACAAAAUUCGAGAUUAUUCCUUAUCAGGGGCCUACCGAAAGAUCAUUAUUCGUCCUCAGAAUGUCAGCUGGGAAGUCGUUGCAUAUGAUGAUCCUAAAAUUCCACUCUUCAACACAGAUGUGGACAACCUGGAAGGGAAACCACCACCAGUUUUUGCUUCUGAAGGCAAAUACAGAGCUCUGAAGAUGGAUUUUUCUCUUCCUCCUUCCACCUACGCGACCAUGGCCAUCCGCGAAGUGCUGAAAAUGGAUACCAGCAUCAAGAACCAGACCCAGCUGAACACCACCUGGCUCCGCUGAGGCCUUCGUCCCCAGAUGAGAAAAUGCUGGCUUCCUGUUCAUUCUUCUCUUAGUUCAGACCCCUAUGCAGAUUUUGGAUCUUUGUAGUAAAAGAUUAUUUGUAUUUUUUCAAGUUUUUAUUAGCUUAAUUUGCAAUAUUUGUACACAUAUACAAAUCCUGAGGAUCCUGAUUCUAGCUCAGAGAAUAUAAAUUGGUUGGAAUGUA